AUGUCGAAGCGAACAGCCGAAGACCAAGAGACUCUAGAGUCCCUCAAAGCAGGACAGCGACCUGACGGGGGCGCCAAUGGUGAAGCGACCCUCGACUUUGAAGACGAGUUUGAAGAUGAAUAUGAGUCCGAGGACGAAGUCAUGGAAGCCGGGGUCGAUGGGCGACCGGAUGCUGAGAGAGAAGUCGAGCAAGCACAGGACGCAAUGGAAGUCGACUCGAAUAACCAGACCUUCAUCCCUGGUCGAACGAUACUACAGCCGGGAAUGUCUCUCACGCCUGAUCCUUCUACGUACGAGAUGCUGCAUCUGAUGUCCACAACUUGGCCUUGCCUAUCCUUCGAUGUCGUACGAGACAACCUCGGGGACAACAGGAAACAAUAUCCGAGGACAAUGUAUGCCGUUGCGGGCACGCAGGCCGAGUCCGCACGAUCGAAAGAGAAUGAACUGUAUAUUUUGCGGUUGAGCAGUCUGUCCAAAAUGGACCGCGGGAAUCAGACAGAUUCAGAGAGCGAUAGCGACGACGAUGAAGAUGAUGAAGGCUCGUCGGAUCCGGUAUUGGAGUCCAGGUCAAUACCACUCCCAAGCACGACAAACCGGAUACGAGCAUUUCAGCCUACCUCUGCUGCUUCAGACCCAACGCAGAUAUCUCAGACAUUGACUGCCACAUGGCUCGAGAAUGGUCAGGUCCUUAUCCACGAUGUUACCCCCUACCUACAUGCGCUCUCAACCCCCGGCUACAGCCUCCCUCCUAAUGCCUCAAAACCACUAAGCACCCUUCGAAUGCACAGGGCAGAAGGCUACGCCCUGGAUUGGGCUCCAGCUUCUUCUCAUCCCAACGGCCGACUCCUCACAGGCGACAAUGCUGGCCAAAUUUUCAGCACACAACGAACAGAAGGCGGCGGUUGGGUUACCGACACGAGACCAUUUGUUGGUCACACUGAUGCAGUGGAAGAAAUCCAAUGGUCACCAAACGAGAAAUUCGUGUUUGCAUCUGCAAGUUCUGAUGGCACAGUCAAAGUCUGGGAUGCUCGGAGUAAGAGUCGAAAACCGAUGAUCGACGUCAAGAUCAGUAACACCGAUGUCAAUGUCAUGUCUUGGUCCACCCAAACGUUCCACUUGCUGGCUACCGGUGCUGAUGACGGUCAAUGGGCGGUAUGGGAUCUGCGGCAGUGGAAGCCCCAGCCUGGAGCAGCUCCUGGUUCCCAGCUCAAACCUAGCGCGGUUGCCGACUUCCAUUUCCAUAAGAAACCCAUCACUUCGAUAGAGUGGCAUCCUAGUGAUGACAGCGUGGUGGCAGUCGCCUGCGCAGACAAUACCGCCACGCUCUGGGAUCUGGCGGUCGAGUUGGAUGAUGAGGAAUACGGCAGAGAAGCAGGUCUCGGGUUGGGUGAGGGAGCUGAAAAGGUUCCUCCUCAGCUAUUGUUCAUUCACCACGUCGAAGAUGGUAAAGAGUUGCACUGGCAUCCGCAAAUGCCCGGGACCGUCGUGGUCACUGGUGGCAGCGGACUGGGCGUCUUCAAGACCAUCAGCGUCUAA